CCUUUUCCGUAUCACUAUCAAAGAAUGACUAAGAAACAAAAGAAGAAGAAAAUAGUCUGGUUUGUUCUUAUUUUAAUUAUAGGUUAUUGUAUGUUUAGUCAUUUGUCUUAAAUUUAAUGUCUGAAGGACAUGUCAGUUUUCUUGAACGAAGAAGAGAAAAAUGCUAAGAAUUUAAAACCGGUCGAUCACCGGCCGGUUUGAAAAUAUUUCUAGACCGGCAAAAGAUCGGUGGAGACCGGCCGGUCUAAACUUUUACACCGGACCGGUUCCAACUCUGCAACAAAGGGCUCUCUAUAAGGAGGGUCACCUAUUAGAAAAAUGCUUAUAUCUCUUGAAUGAAACAACCGUUUGAGCUGAAACUUUCAGACUAUUCCUGGAUUUGGGCACUCUGAUUGUAAAGUAAGUUAAUCUCAUGAUAAAUGUACUUUUUUUACCAAAAAGUAAAGGCUUUCUCACAAAAUAAUACCAACAAUAUGUUAGGAAUAUCGAGUAAAUCUGAGAAUAACUGAUGGAUCUCUGAAUAGCACUGAACUAAGCUCUUUCAACCACUGUGUACUUGAGAAAUCUGAAUUUCAUCGAUGUGGAUGGAAGCCCCAUGGUUACAAAACAUAUAUUGCGCUUGUCCUGCUCGUCACAAAUGGUUUAUGUUUCUCAUAAAGAGACCUUUUUUGGUAAAAGCUGUUUCGUAGGUAUAUUUUUGAUGGUUAAGAGUAUGCAAUCGGAACUCGGUGUCUGUCAUGACUAAUAACAUCUAAAUCUUAUUUGAAGUUGGUCUUACACGUUUGUAUAUUGUAUUAAACACUGUAUAGUCAGUCAUCUUUCUUUUGUGUCAAAUUUCUGAAUCAUCUUUUCCUGUUGUAUAAGUUGAAAAAGAAGCACAUGGUCUAUGUUUUGAAAGUAGUGUACUAGACGAUGCACGUUGUGAGAUGAACGUUUAAAUAGACUGAAUUACGACUGUCGAGUUUAAGAAAAGAAAAAAAGGUAAAUGAUUUAAUCAUCAAGAGUUUUUUAAUUCAACCUUCAAUUCAAUCUUUGUUUUAUUAGUAGAAUGAUCUGUUAAACAAAAGUGUUCGUGAUAUCGUUUUCGUUCAGUUGGAAUUCGAAGAAAACUGUUGUAGGUCUCUAAACCAUGUGGUUCAGUGGUUGAUACAAAAAUGAGGGAUCUGGUUACGUGGAUGCAGUAGAUGGAAAGCAUUAUUUUGUGUUAUAUGUAUCGAAGUCCGCUUAUCUUAGAUGCGUUAUAUCAUAUACGCUUGUUCACUGGUUGAGACGGGAGUGAGUUUUACUCCGUAGUGAAUACAGUUGUCCAGUGAGCCCCUAAGAAUUCCGAAACUUUAAACAGAAUAAGUAUGAUUCUUUUCUUCUUAUACAUGAUAUAUUUACCAUUGAGAGAUGCCCACAUAUUAAAAUUAAAAAAAGCUUUUUAUUGCGGAAUAAUUAGAACAAAGAUGUUGAUGACAUGUGUAGUAUUCCGUUAGACAUUUCUUUUGUGACGGCUGUUGCUUUCCACUGUUUGCCAUACCAGCUAGCAUAUAAGAUUAAAAUCACAGGUUUUGUUUUGUUUAGAGUUAAACAAAAUGUGUCAAAUCUGGUUUUUUAGUAGGUGUUAUUCAUUUUGAACAUAUCCUUAUAGAAAUUAUUCUGGUCUAUGGCUUCAGCAAGCAAAGUAUUUUCAACACUCACCCUAUUCCUGUUGGCGAUGUCGCCUGCGUGCAGGAAGUUGUUGCUUUAACAAACAGGAGACGCCUGCUAAGUCUUCACGUUCUUCUCGUAAAGAAAAUACAGUGAUCGAACCACAGUAUGGAUUUCGUAAUUACUUUCCUGUAAAACUGCUUUUUGAUGUCGACACACCACGUCCUCAUUUUAUUAUUGUACAACAAGAUUCUUAUCGAACACAAUAUGCUACCGUUGAAGAAUUGAAAGCAGCAUUUAGAUUAGUUACACGGUUUUUAGCUCACAAUCCUGCUUAUGAUCACUUUACAAUUUUAAGUUUUCAUCGUGGAAUUUGGUAUCAACAAAAUCAACAAGGAUUUCAUGCUCAUUUAUGUGUAUCAUAUGAACCAUACUGA